AUGUUCGCUUCAAAGCCUCCCCACCUUCUGAAGGCUCAGGAAUACCAUGGACCAAAGCCGCCUGGCCAGCCAUACUCUGUUACGAUUCCCGGAACUGAAAAACCAGGCCGCAGUCACGUUUACCGAUCAUGGCACGCACAGAACGAGUUGCUUUUGACUCUCGAUCCUCAGGUUAUGACGGUGCACGAUAUGUUUGAGUCCACAGCCAACCGCCAACCCAAGAGCGAAUGCCUCGGAUGGCGCCCGUUCAACCAGACCACCAAGACCUUUGGGCCUUACCAGUGGCUGACAUAUGAAACUGUUCAGAAACGACGCGCGGCACUGGGUGCUGGUUUGGUUGAGCUGCAUCAGAAACACGACUGUCAUCGCCCCGGCCAGUACGGCGUUGGUCUCUGGUCCCAGAACCGCCCCGAAUGGCAGCUUACCGAUCUCGCCUGCAUGUCCCAGGGACUAUUUAGCGUUUCCAUCUACGACGUCCUUGCCCCAGAUGCGACAGAGUACAUCAUAAACCAUGCUGAACUUAAUUGUGUGGUCACCUCUCUCCCCCACGUUCCUACUCUCAUUAAGCUCAAGCCCAUUUUGCCCAACCUGAAGUUCAUUGUCUGCAUGGACCCACUUGACUCAGGCGAGCAGCAGGGCUACUCAAAGCGUGCUCUGCUUGAAUCUAUGGCUGCUGACCAAGGCGUUGCCAUCUACACUAUCGAUGAAGCCGAGGCACUGGGAGAGGCUUCCAAGCGCAAACACAACCCUCCCUCUGCGUCCGACAUUAUUACUAUCAACUACACCUCCGGUACUACUGGUGCUCCAAAGGGCGUCGUGUUGACACACGUAAACGCCUUGUCCGCCACUGCUUCCGGUCUUGCAAACAUCCCUCAGUUUAAGGGCGACACCACUUACUCUUACCUCCCAUUAGCUCACAUCUAUGCUCGUCUUAUAGAGCACAUAUUUCUCUGGGGCGGUGGCCGCAUCGGCUAUUUCCAUGGUAAUAUUUUGGAGCUGGUCGACGACCUGAAACUCCUUAAGCCUACUAGCUUUAUGUCGGUGCCACGUCUGUUCAAUCGUUUCAGCGGUGCUAUCAGGGCGGCCACACUUGACCAGCCUGGUUUAAAAGGUGCUUUGUCACGACACAUUGUCGCGGCCAAGACAGCCAAUUUGAAGAACCCGGACCCCUUGAAGGCCACUGGUCGACACGCACUGUAUGACCGUAUCUGGACCAAGAAGGUCGCUGCUGCGCUCGGAUUGGAGCGCGCACGUAAUAUGGUAACUGGAUCCGCACCUCUGGACCCGUCGUUGCACGACUUUAUGCGGGUUGUUACCGGUGCCGACUUCAUGCAGGGAUAUGGGUUGACCGAGACUUAUGCCUACAGCACAUCCCAGCACCCUUUCGAUAUGACUUCUGGCAACUGCGGAGGACUCGCUCCCUCCGUUGAGGCCUGCCUGGAGUCUAUUCCCGACAUGGAAUACUCGGUGGACGACAAGCCCUACCCCCGUGGUGAGCUGCUCCUACGCGGCAAUAGUGUUUUCAAAGAAUACUUCAAGAACCCCGAGGAGACUUCCAAGGUUGUGACUGAGGAUGGCUGGUUCCACACCGGCGAUGUGGCAGCAAUCGAUGAUAUGGGCCGCAUUAUUAUCAUCGACCGCCGCAAGAACGUGCUCAAGUUGGCACAGGGCGAGUAUAUUUCUCCCGAGCGCUUGGAGGGUGUUAUCCUUUCCGAGCUCAACUACCUUUCCCAGGCAUAUGUGCACGGAGACAGCGUCCAGACUUUCCUGGUUGCUAUCUUUGGUAUUCAGCCCGAUAUGUACGCUCCGUUCGCUAGCAAGGUUCUGGGACACAACAUUGCCGACACCGACCUGGCAGCAAUCAAAAGUUCCCUGUCAAACGAUAAAAUUCGCAAGGCCGUUCAGCGCGACCUAGACCGUCUGGCCAAAAAAAACAAAUUUGCUGGAUAUGAGCGGGUCAAGAGCUGCUCUCUGAUGCUAGAGCCUUUUACAGUGGCAAAUAACUUGCUGACCCCAACUCUUAAGCUCAAGCGAUCACCCACUGUUAAGAUCUACCGCCAGCUUUUGGACCAGCUGUAUGCUGAGGCUUUGGAGGAGCAGUCUGCUCCUCGCGCAAAGCUGUGA